AAGCAACAACAGCACAUAAAUUCACGACUCUCACCCAUCAACCAACUUCACACACGCACACACUGCCCACAUACACUGACUGCCACGACCACCAUGGCUUAUCGCGACAGGACGCGGGAGUUUGUGCGCCGGAGGAAUGCGCGGAGCAGCAGGGGCGCAGGCAGUCACGUGCAGCCCAUCAACGACCGAGAUGCGCUGCUGAGCGAGGACGAGGACUCGCCACAGACGACAGUCUCCCUUCCUCCAGAAUGGGUGGACGAUGUGGAGGAGGCUCGGGAGAUGAUCAACACAAUUCGCACGCGCAUCAAGGAGCUCAACCAAAUGCACAACCAGCACAUCAACACGCCAAACUUUGACGAACACGCGGAGGAAGAGCGCAAGAUUGAGAUUGCCACCUCCGAGAUCACUGGGAUGUUUCAUCGCUGCCAAAAGACGAUUCAGAACAUUGGACGAAAGGGCAAGGCAUCUGGGUCCACACAGGAAGCACGCGUCACGCAGAAUGUCAUGCGUUCCAUCGCAGGGGAGUUGCAAGAACUAUCACAAUCCUUCCGCAAGGGCCAGGGCCUGUACCUCAAACGAAUGCGUGGGCGCGAGGCAAAGGAGAAGGACUACGGUUUUACAGACGAGCUGAUGGAGAUGGGUGUGGAUGACGACGAAGAAGAGGACAUUACAUUCGACACAGGGUUUACGGAUACACAGCAGCAGCAAUUACGCGACAACACCGCGCAAAUUGCACAGCGCGAACAAGAAAUCACAAACAUUGUCAAAAGCAUCAACGACCUUGCUCUCAUCUUCAAGGAUCUGGCAGAGCUUGUUGUUGAUCAGGGCACGAUCCUGGACCGCAUCGACUACAACCUCGAACUAACAGAACGACGGGUGGAGAGCGGACGGAGGGAGCUGGAGCAGGGUCAAAAGUACCAGAAGAGCGCAGCAAAGAAAUAUGUCAUCAUCCUGCUCGUGCUGAUUGUUGUGGCCAUGUUGUUCGCCCUCAUCCUCAAGGGGAAACUGAGUGGCCAUGGCGGGUCUGGGUCCAGCACAAGCGACGACGAUGCUUCGCCAACGCCCUCCUCUAACAGCGGCCGCGGCGUGCGAAGCUUGGUCGACUCGUUCUUCUCACACACUCUCAGUUAGGAUGUCCUUUGCACUUGUGUGUGUGUGUGUGUGUGUGUGUG